AAGAUACGCUGCGGUCAACUUGCGCCAGCCAUGGUGCCGCCGGACCUACCCCCGCUGGAAGUGCUCUCCGACGAGGAGCUCCACCACAUCACUAGCUCCACAAGCAGUGGUCACACCAAGUCCACCUCGGAGGUUGCGAUGAAAUCCAACCCUCCCGCUGCAGCAGCUGCCUCGACCAACCCCAAGAAACAUCCUCCUCCAGAUAACCCGCUGUUCGUGCACGCUGUCAUCGUGGUCUUGAUGCUCUACCUGGCAGCGUGCGCGUACGCAUAUCUAUGUCCACUAGAGGGGAUUCCUUGGGAAGUCGAAUUCGCCCUACCCACGCAGAAUAUAUCGUCCAACUGCACCGUGACAAUUCUCCAUCCCCUGGAAGGUCAAGUCACAUCAAGGAACGUGAUUGAGUUCGAAUUGCAUGCGCCAUCCAACACGACUAACUCGAGCCAGAUCAUGCAGUACACCAUUCAAGUAGAUGGUGUCUUGUUCGUUACGGACCUAGCAAUUCUCCAUCGACGGGAUCCUAUUCCGUUCUCGACCAAUGCCCUACACACCCUCGCGAGCGGCGACCACGUCGUGACCAUCACACUCGUUGUACCAUUGCCGGGAGGAAGGGAAGAUGUCGUGCAUGUCGAACGGCGAUUUCACUUGGUUCCUCCAGGUUCGCCAAUCUUCAAGUUGUCGCUACCUCAAAAAUCCAUUGCACCAUCGUCCCCAGAGAAGACAUGCGAUGCCAAUCUGAGUGACGGCAUUGAAAAGAGCGACCGCCAUGUCAUUCGUUCGCCGUCCAAUGGCUCAGCGUUUCCAAGGGAAGCAAUGAUUGCUUUCGACGUAGACGCCGUCCACGUCAUGGAGCUGACCGUGCUACUGGACGGAGUUAAGGUCCAGACGCUUCCACCGUCAACUGACGCUGCGGCAACCAAGCAAGUCCACCGAGGCGUGCUCGUAGGGCUGCAUCCUGGCCAUCACACGCUGCACAUCCGCGGCUUACAUGACGACAACGACAUCGACAACGUAUGGUUUCACAUUCUCGAGACCAAUUAAUCAAAUACAUUCGGGAGAGAUUGUGGCCGCAAAAUGGUUGCCCAUUUCAUAGAUUAAGUAGCAAUAAUCUAUAUUUAUUCGGAA